AUGCAGAAGGUCCUUGGAGGGGCCGCUGUGGCUGCUGUUUCUGGCGGUGGCAGUGGUGCUAUUCGUCAUAGCACGAACAGUGAUGUCGCUGCCACAUUCGGGGUGUUUCAGAAUGUGCACGUAAAUCCCUUUCCUGUGCGCGCGGCGAUAGACAUUGGGACGGGCGGUAUGAUCUCCAUGACGGUUGGACGCGUUGACGCGGCACACAACGCCGUGCGUGACUUUAUUUACCAGACGCAGCUGCCGCUGCACCUCGUGUCUGCAAACACUGACUCCGCCUUGGGUGCUUCUGUGCAUGCCUCUUAUUCGUUUGGAACACCUCCCGCGUCUUUUGUUCUCAGCGAGACAACACGUACCGACAUUCGAAAUAAAAUGCGCAUGCUACACGGGGCAUUGCGUCGUGACCAGUACGAUGGUGUUAGUGAACGGACUGCUGUAAUCUCGUGGCCGCUGUGCCACGCCACAGAUGUCAUGUCUCUGGCCGAAGAGCUGACUCGGGAAUUUAAGGUGGACGUUCGCGUAUUGGGGAAUACGUUUCAGGUGGACACUUUAAGCUACAACACGGAACCCGCAUUGGGAGCCGAGAGAGCGACGAAUCCUCUGAGAAAAGCGGCAAAGGAUCGUGCUAUUCAAGUGAAGCAGAGCAACGGCGGGGAUGAUAGUUUGCAAUUACUUAUGCAGCAGAUAGUUCUUCGGCGGGAGAAGCGACGUGGACGACGCUGCAGCACGGCGGACGAGGAUAGCCGCCAUUUGAAUGCCGCUGCGGUCAGCGCAGUACCGCCAAAGCGGCAACUAGAGCAGCUGGCUUUUCUUGCGCAUGCCGCCGUUAGCAAGUGCGUUGCGCCACAACGCAUGCUUGUUCUCGCGGAGGACCGCCAUAGGGGACUUUGUAUUCUAGGCGCUGAUACAGGCGAGACGGAUGAGAUGGACGAGGACAGUACAAAUGCCCUGGUUUUACACACUGCAGCGGAGUCAAGUGGUGUGCUGUUACAUUCUUUGCCCGUUGAUAUCCCUACGGCCCAGCGUCUGUUGCUUACGGCGGUGCAGCAUCGUGCAGAAGGGCCUGCAGGUUCCGAGGAACGACGCAGCCCCAACCCUGUGCUUCGUGAAGAGCUUAGACACCUGCGCCACCUACUGGAGGAGAUGAUACGCCCAACGUUACCCGCAUGGGUACAUCACAAAUCUCGCGCUGGUGGUCUCAUCUGUGGAUCGGGUUUCAACGGUAGUGUGCUUAACCUCGCUGCCCGGGUGGCACAACGGACAAAUGUCACUCGAGAACACCUUGACACGCACGCGGAGAUGCAUUACUGUGGUCUUACAGAUGUGCUACUGGCGGUAAACUAUCCCGACCCAACGACCGUAUUACCAAGUGCUGCCAUUGCCAGUGCGCUGAUGCGCGCACUGGAUACGAACCGCUUUGAGUAUUUACCGGAGGUGAGUAUUGCUGCCGCAUUGUUAGUUCAGCCCUCGCUAUGGAUGUAUGACCGACGUGAGAAGGUGCGGGCGACGCUGCAGAAGAAGAAAUUUUUUAGUGGCUGUGUUGGGCAACGCACGUUCCGUCGGCCACACGCUCGCGAAAACCCUGCGGCGCCUCCAGAGUCAUCAUGGCAACUCAAUCAAUCGUGGAAUCCGUUGUCGUACGGAAACAGCACAAGGGGAACAUAA